AUGUCGUCGAAUGUGCCGGCUCCUAGUGAGGACCCACUAACGGCCGCCCUCCCGCCAGUCACGGAUUACUUAACCUACUUAACCAUCCUUGAAUACCGACUGAAGCCCCACAAUCUCAGUGUUCUGAACGGAAUUCUGAACGGUGACGAUGGUACGCUCGCGAAGGAGAUCGGAUGGGAUCUCCUCAGGCUUGUACUUCCCAUGCUAGCGGACGUGCCGGUCCCUGCUCAAGCAUGUCUCGAAAGCAUUGCCCGUCGGGGCAACCCGCGUGAGGUCGUCGUCAGAGUGGCAGAGGAGCUGGAAAAGCUUGGUCGCUCCGAUGACGCCGACGAUGAUGACAAUCAAGCUGACAGCGAUGCCGACGAGGACGAGCUUCGCACGUUCUCUGGCGAGGCUACUAGGGUACAUUUAGGUGAGAUGAAGUUGGAUGGCAUGCCCGACGUGGAGCAGCCGCACGCGCAGCCUUCGGAGAAAGAGCAAGUGCAGGAUGAGAAGGCCGGCGUUGACACGACUGCUCUUGAAGCUCUCGAAUUCCCUGCCCUCCUGAUGAUGCUAGGAGCAGUUCAUCCUCGUAUCAAGACCCAAUAUCCCAGCCGCUUUCUUGCCACGUCGCUGCCGGCUGCACUUGCAGCAUAUCGCCGCAUGCCAGUCACCUACGAGUCGACGAUAGCCUUCUUGGAGUGUCUGGAGAAGUUGGGUGGUAAACAGCGCCCAGCUCUGCCGCCCCGUGCCUCCACAGCAGAUACUGGCACUCAUCACCCAACAGAUACACCACUGCCUGACCCCGAAGCGCCAGCAGAGGCAAUGGAAGGAACAAACAUCGCUUCCCAGACGGAGAAGGAUAUCAUGGCUCGAUUACUUCAGGCAGUCAUGCUUGAAAUUCUCGACGAGUAUACUUCAUCUCUGGCGGGGCAUGAGAUCUCCUCCAUGCUCUGGACGAAGAGGCUUCGCGAGCAAAUUGGCAAUGAUACGGUACCAAUGAAGGUCACGGCGACGCAGCUCUUCAAAGCAGGACCUUUGAAGGAGCGCGAUGAUAUCAUGACACGCGCUUUGUCGCUGAGCCAAACGCUUGGUCUCGAUGCACGUGCCGAAGUCACCAGAUCUGCGAAACAAGACGAGCAGAGCCCUGCGAACAGAGAAGCAGACGAGGAGGAGCCAUCGGAGUACCCAGCCUCUCCUUCUCAAAUUCCAUUUCCGCCAAACGCAGCUCUGCUUCUCAUCGCCGCACGAAAUCUGUCGGAUGUCAAAAGCCCACCAUUGCUUGACACUGACGAAGUCAUCGGCUUGUUCAAGCAACUCACACCUCUCUCAGAAACACCCAGGCUACCCAAUCCGGUAGUGCAAGACGCCCUCCACUGCAUGUUAUACGCAGCUCAUUGCAGUCAGCCAAAGAUGCUGUCUCUUGAGACUGACUCCUCGAUCUACAAAGAGCUAAUGUCGAUGCUGACUCAAAGUUUCACAAUUACGCCUAACCCCCAGUCUCGGGAUGACGCACAUUUCAUCGCAACACUACUCUUACGGGAGCGUGAGGAUGCUCAAGACCGCACCGAUAUCAUCAAACAGACCCUGCGGUGUGCGGUUCCCACUGAAGCGGCGGUCGAGCCGAUACCGCUGGCGACACCCUUCACUGAAGGGGUACUCAAGGCUGUUGGCGUCAACUGGCUGAAGACCAGUAUUCUCGCCCACAUCACAUCGUCGAAGUCUUCCUCAGAAGACCACAUUGGCAUCUCGCCCUCACAGCUUGCGACAGACCAUGAACUAAGCGAAUUGGUCUGGCACCCCAGUAUUCCUUCCCCGACGCAUACGCAUCUCCUGAGCAAUGUUCUGAUGGCGUUGCCAUACUAUAUAGCUCUGCUGAACUUGAGCCAUGUUUUGCUGGCCCACCUCCCGCAUGAACAUGACAUAGUUGUUAAGAACGCCAAGGGCUUGCUACAGGCGCUCGAGCCAUGGCGCGACGAUCUCGUUGGCCAGCUUUCCACGAGCGAGGCAGCGAAGGCGAGUUCGUCUGAUAUCUACUCCUUUGAGGAUGCCGCGAAACGUGUGGCGAACGCAAUUCCAACGACGGGGGCCGAGCCAGGCACACCCGGAUGA